AUGAGUAUAUACAAGAAAUGGAUGGCCUUGCCAGCAAACGGUCGUUAUACCAUCGCUGGAUUAACCAUGGUCCUUGCAUAUGCCGGUGAUUAUUUGUGCACUAAGUUGUGGGAAGAGCAAGAGGCUCGUGCUGAAGUGUUGAAGAGGGUUGAAGAACAACGGGCAAAACAACAGGGUGCUCCAGCGGUCGCUGCUGAAAAGAAAAACUAG